AGGGAUGUGACUGCGAUGAUGGCGCUGCAGCUGAAGAACGGGGAUGCAGGGUACUACCAGAGUGCAGAAUAUUGCAGAAAUUUCACUUCGCCUCCUGUCAACUACGGUGACAGCAGCCAUUAUCUUGCCCGCUUACCAGUGCCAGAGACCAUGUUAAAGCCUCCCCUGAGCCUCUUCACCCAUCCCCAGCAGCCCUUCCAUCACAUCGACUCUCUGCAUCAGCUCGGACCACCACCUAUGGCACCGACCCAGCCUCUCUGUCCCCCACCCAUAGCCCCUGCUCAGGCAAUUGGACCUCCAACUAUGGCCCCCACCCAGACUCUUGGGCCGCCUCCGAUAACUGCUACACACACUUUAAGACCUCCACCCAUAACCCCAGCGCACACAUUAGGUCCUCCUCCAAUGGCGCCUGCUCAGCCUCUGGGACCUCCUCCAAUGGCACACACCUUGGGACCCCCCCAUGUUGACCACACAAAAACAAUGGUACCUCCAUCCAUGGACCUCACACAGCCACUGGGACCUCCACAUCUAAACCCUGCACAAGCACUGGUGCCCCCACCUGUUGUGGCGCCCGGAGCUGGGCACUUCCCCCUCCCUCCCAGCCCCCUGUCCUCACCUCCCGCUCCAGGUCCAGACCCCUCACAGCUUCUGCCAAGACCACCAGGACCGGCCCUCAUCCCUGCCCCAGUGCCAGGCCUCAUCCCUGGUCCUGUCCCAGACCAGGCAGCCCCAGCCAGUGAGCAGCCCCAGGAGGAAGGCUCUCCACUGGGGAUGGAGGAGCAGGAAGACUCUCUGGGGCUGGAAGAACUGUGUAAACCAUUGUACUGUAAACUCUGCAACGUUACCCUCAACUCGGCCCAGCAGGCUCAGGCUCACUACCAGGGGAAGAACCACAGUAAAAAGCUGAGGAAUUUCUACGCAGGCAGUCAGCAGCCACCAGCCAUCAGGAUCCCAGAAGCCCUUGAAGCAAAUGGCCAGACAGCUCUCAACUCAGGAUCCAGCGACAGUGACACAGGCAGACAGGCGUUGUAUAAGGGAGCUACCCGGGUCAUUUUGGCCACAGAGAACGACUAUUGUAAGCUGUGCGAUGCAUCCUUCAGUUCACCGGCGGUCGCACAGGCCCACUACCAGGGCAAGAACCACGCCAAGAAACUACGGCUCGCUGAGGCUCAGCAGAACAAUAACAACAUGGAAGGCAACAACGAGACUACCCAAAGAAGAAACAGGAAAGAUGGAAAUGAGUACAGACUGGUGAAAAACCGCCGCAGCCCACAGCUACCCACCGGCAUGCCAGGACCCUACUACAACCCCAGACCGAGGCAACGCAUCCCCAGGGAUUUAGCCAUGUGUGUGACUCCCAGUGGACAGUUCUACUGCUCCAUGUGCAACUGUGGAGCCGAACAGGAGACAGACUUCAGGCAGCAUCUGGAGAGCAAGCAGCACAAAGCUAAAGUGUCUGAGUUACGAUACCGUAAUGAGAUGGAAAACCUGGGCUACAGCUAAAAGACAAGAGCAAGAAAAAAGAUUAAGUGUAAAAGAUUAUAGAAAGUGAGAGAGUGUGAAGAGACAGUUCAAGGCCAAAGUAUUGCUUUUAAGGAGUAUAUUUAGUGAAGGGAUUAUCCCAAAUGGCUGUAAGAUUUUGUUGCAAUUCAUUUGAUAUAUGGAUCAACCUCUCAAAUCCUCAAGUGACAAUGUAAUUGGAUUUAAUAGGUUUAUGUGACCCGGCUGUUAUCCUCAUGUUGAAAUUCAGUCUGAGGAACAAAAACAGGGUGCAACAUGAACAUGAAACACAGAAACGUUGCUAUUAAGUGAGUUUACACAACAUAAAACGUCUUGAAUUUCAAACUUCUUUUGGCCAAACUUUCCUUUAGGGCUUGAAUGCAGCAUCCUGACUCAGGUUACUGUAAAUGCAAAUGAACUGCAAUGAAAUCUUGUUCAGGCUGCAGGUAGUUAGUUAACUGGUUUUGUACAGAGAGAAAACAGGAUAAACAGAAGGUCUGAGCCCAGUGAAAGAACAGAAAUGAGAUGGAAACUGCUGGUAAAGAAGUGAAAAGCAGAUCAAAAUGAAAACAAUCAUAAUAGCGACGAGGUUUUAGUUUAAGGCCUUGUGUGUAAAUCAAUCCUACAGGUAUUUUUACAGUCUAUGGAGGUAACAUCUUCCAAACUUUAAAUACUACCACAACCCAAAUCACUAUUUGCUGAUUUGAAAACAAAGCACAACCAACAGAUCAUCCAGUACAAACAGUGUUACUUGAGUCUGAUAGCCUCAGCCAACUCCGACCAGCUCUUCGGCGUGUAUCAGGCGAAAGGCUUUGCUCUGGCUAGCCUUGUUUGUGCCUUUGAUGGGAAUUAGGCUAAAGAAUAAGCUUUGGCGAGCCAUUUUGGCAGUUUAGUAGAAACCAUCACCAUGCCAUCUUUCCUCAGAAAUAUUAUGUAAAUGUCCAAAAAAUUACAACGUAGAUGUAAAUAUUGAAUAAUACACACAAAGUUAAGUUAAUGUAAGCCUAUUGCAUAUUGUAAAUAUUCAUAAUCUAUUUAAUAAUUAUCAGGAAUCUUGUACAAAAAUGUGUGCACUGACUGAAUGUCUACCUAUCAGCACUGUAUAUCUGUGUCUGGAUUUUACCGUGGGCCCUACAUCUCCUUUCUUUUAUCGGUAACUUUGGUACCAGUGAUGUGUUAAAAACUGCUUGUGUCAUCAUCCCAUCUUCGCUGGUGGACGACAUGCCGGAGUUGUCUCUAAAGUUUCGACCGCUUUUGAGGCAGAGAACAAAGUGAAUGUUGUUUUGACAGCCAGCCAAACUAGCAUUGUCAGGAGGAUGCAUCGGAAAUUCACAAGGGAUGCAUGCAACUGAAAGCAUUUAACUCCAAACUUCUAAUUAGAUUGCAAACUGCAAAUGAGAGUGCAAGUGAAAGAGCUUGUGGAUGUUUCUGUUUAUAGGACAUAUCAUUUAAUUCUCCCACUUAAUUUUGAUUCCCAAAGGGGACUUAAAGAGGUUUUACUGCAGCAUAAAUCAGCUGCAGUGAAGCUACGCAGAUUUUUAUCUGGAUUUGCAGACAGCCUCUUUUUUUUUUUUUUUUUGUUUUUUUUGUUUUACCCUGUAUGACCCAGGUCCAGCUGUUUUCCAAUGUUUGGCUCAUCCCAGAAAAGAUCAGUUAUAUAAUUGGUACCAAAUUUGAUUUUCCUGUUUCUAUUUAUUUGAUUUCCUAGUCCUGCAGUGCUGCUGAGCUGAACACAGCACAGUCACACGGCAUUUACAGUCACACUAUCAUUGUUUGAAAGGCUAAAAAGCGAGUGCUGUGCCUUUAGCUAUUAAUAUGGUCCCCGUGUCAUUCAGAGGUAGCAGUGUCAGGGUCAAAAAUAUCAGCAUACAUAUUGUUUGAAGGAAAAGUUUGAUUUUCAUAGUGAGACUACGGCACAUCAGUUGAUGAAAGGCAGAUUUAUCCAACCUUUUCAGUGUCAUUUAGACAUUUCGUGGUUGACCUUUUAUACAUCUUGUCACAUUUCCAGAUUUCAUGCACAACAACAGUGCGCACACACACACACACACACACUCCCGAAUCAUUCAGUCAGUCAGAAUCCCAAUUUAGGUCAUGUCAUUUUAUGUGUCAUCAAGUGAAUUGAAGGCAGCAUUCUGGCCUUUUCUCUGCUUGGUUUAUUUAGAGGCAGCUGUUCACAUCUUGUACAGGUCUCUAGAGCACAAACACACACCUGAUCAAACACACGAGGACACUCAGGAGAAUAGCACUGUGAGGACAGAUUACUGUGGUAUUUAGGGAUCCAAACAUGGGGAGUAGGGGAGUGAAAGGCAGAAAACGAAAUGCAGGAGUGUUUUUUUUUUUUUUUUUUUUUUAAGAAGCCCACUGUGCCGUAUGGUUUAAUCAAAAAAGAACAAAGGGGAGCUGAUGAAGGCAGGGCACUCUAACGAAAGCUGUAGGUGAGACAGCUCGCCGAGUUGCCGUCCGUUAAUAGCACUCCGCAUCCUCCUAGAAAUAACAUGCUUUGUCUUGCAUGAAAGGAUCGGUAGCAUAACCUUUUAUUAUGUUGACAGGCUCUGGGAUUAAAAAAAAGAGCCACACAUUAAUGCAAC